AUGGCUUCAAACAGUUCAAGUGCUGAUUGGCAAGUUUUUGAUGAUGCUAAAAGUACAACAUCUAACAACUCGCGUUGUAGCAAGAUGUCUAGUGUCAGCCAACGCUCGGAGCGUGCUCGUUUAACACAGUUAAAGUUGAAGGAGAUGGAAAAUGAAGCCCAGCUCCAAAGACGCAAAGUAGAAAUGGAUCAAAGAAAGGUGGAAAUGGAGCAGGCAAAGCUUGAAAUUGAUAUUAACUUGUCACGCGCUAAGGCAUCCAUGAUAGAUGAGGAAUUAGAAUCUCUAGCGUCCGCCAGUCGGGCACCUUCAUGUGUAGGUUCUAUUUCUUCGUUACGACAAGAUGUAACUCAAGUUUUAAAUGUGCCUCCCGCAAUGCCAAAUAAUGCAUCUGGCGAACCAGUUAAUGCAUGUCUUGAUGAAGUUGAACCAGCGUCAAUUUCUCAUGAGCACCAGACAAAGCAAACUCCUCCAUUUCAAAGUCAUUUCAGCCCACCUAUUGCGUCACAAACAUACAUGAACAAAGAUUAUCUUCCUAGCAUACAACAAGCAAAUCAUCCUUAUAUUGGUCAGGUUCCCCAGUCGGAACAACACGCUACCAGCAUUCUGCAACCUCAACCAAUAAGACAGGAGUCUAAACAUGUUCCUGAUAGACAAGUUUUUAUGCAAGGUAAUCCAACUAGCUAUAGCCAUGGGCCUACACCAGUUUUGGUUGGUGAUAACCAAAAUUCAAUGAGUCUUGCUGAUGCUCUGUAUUGCAUGGCAUCUUCAAUUAGACAAGGACCUCAAGAAAUAGAGAAAUUUGAUGGAGAUGCGUUAAGUUAUCACAGGUUUAUUCAAAAUUUUGAUGAUAUGUAUGAUAGUAAAAUUGCAGAUCCUCGUACUAAACUUAACUAUUUGAUUGAUCAAUGUACCGGAAAAGCCAGGAAAGCAAUCGAAUCGUGUAUCAUAGUAAAACCACCUUUGCAAGGCUAUCUUGAUGCUCGCUCAAUUCUCAAACAACAAUUUGGACGAGAUUACAAAGUUGUAAAUGCAUUUAUGGAUUCACUCAAAAAUGGUCCUAGCAUAAAGCCACAAGAUUCUGAAGCAUUAUAUGAUCUUGCCACACAAAUGCGUAAUUGUGGUAUCAUUUUAACAAAUUGGGAACAUAGCUCUAAGCUUGACAGUCAAGAGCUGUUUGACAAAAUCUAUUUACGACCUCCAGUACCAAUGCAAAGAGAGUUCACAAGACAUCAUACAUCUACUUACAAUAGUGACAAAGAACCAACCUAUCAUGAUUUGUAUAAAUUUGUUAAUCAAUCUGCGAUAUUGGCAGAUACUAGGCUAAGCCGUCUCACUGCAGAGCAAAAUUUGAAGAAUAGAAAUGCUAUGCCAAAAAAAAGCUAUAAUUCUACCAAGGUGUCCGAGCAUGUAGCACGCAACUGUCCCAGUGACAACCGAUGCAAAAUUGAGAACUGCGGAAAAUUGCACCAUUCGCUUCUACACAACCAAGAACGUAUCAGACAGGACAAGCCUUCUGAUAGAAAUUCUGCAAGUGACACUUCAACUCAUGUUGUCAAUGGAAGCACUGAUGCAUCAAUUCUCAAUUCAAGGAAAAGGGUAUAUCUCAUGAUUGUACUAGUUAAUGUAACUUCGUCAGAUGGUUCACACUCUGUAAAAACCACUGCACUUCUUGAUUAUGGCUCAAAUGCAACUCUUUGUAAGCUAAGUCUUAUGAAGAAACUUAAGGUGAAAGGGAAGCAAGAUUCUUUCACAAUUUCCACAGUCAAUGGCCUACAUAAGCAAAACGGCUACAGAUUGGACCUUAAUGUUAAGGGUCUACAGGAAUCUGACAAGUUUAUGUUGGAAGAUGUUCUAGCUGUUGAGUCACUUCCAAUACUUUCAGAUGGACUUCCUACGAAGGCAGAUAUACAAAGUUACCGGCAUCUUAACGGUAUUGAUUUUCCUGAAAUAGGGAAUCAUGAACCAGAAUUAUUGAUUGGUGCUGAUAAUUAUGAAGCUCUAAUAAUUCAAGAUAGAAGACUAGGAAAUAAAGGCCAACCUGCAGCUGUUCAUACCCCACUUGGAUGGACACUCAUAGGCAAAAAUGUUUCAAGGGUCACCAAUGGUAUGUCCAUCAAUUUUGCUAACGUUGAAAAAGAUAUUCUUUGUGAACAAUUGCAAAAAAUGUUUAAUUGUGACUUCAGUGAAUCUGAUUUCACUGAAAGUUAUAAAUUUGCAAAGAAACGACUUGAUUAUUUGAAGAGAAAAUUUCAACGUGAUCCAGAAUAUCUUGAAAAAUAUAAAGAGAAAAUUCAUGAAUAUAUUGACAAUGAUUAUGCUAAGAAAAUACCUGAAGACCAUGUCCCAUCUGAUGAAAAGAAGAUUUGGUAUUUACCUCAUCACUCAACUGGUGAAAAGUUUAGGCUUGUGUUUGAUUGUUCUUUCAAGGUGGACAAUGUAUCUCUCAACAAUCAAGUAUUACAAGGACCAGACCACUGCUCAAAUCUUGUUGGAGUUCUGACCAGAUUCAGACAGGAAGACAUAGCCUUUGUGUGUGACAUAAAAGGAAUGUUUCAUCAAGUUGAAGUUCAUCCUGAUGAUUGGGAUUCCCUAAGAUUUUUAUGGUAUCCAAAUGAUGACCUUUCAAAGGAAUUCUAUUUUAUGACCAGAAGUCUUUUCGGCCUAACCAGUUCACCCAGUGCAGCUGGAUAUGCUUUAAAAAGAGCUGCUAUAGAUAAUGAAACAAAUGCUAAUAUUGAUGUUUUAAAUACAGUUAAUAAUAAUUUUUAUGUUGAUGACUGUUUGAAAUCUUGUGAUUCUCCUAAUUGUGCUAUUGAUACAAUUAAUCAGUUAGAUUGCUUAUUAUCUAAUAUAUAG